AAAUUAAAAAAAGAAAAAAAAAAUUUGAACGGUGAGAGAAUGAAGCGAAGAAGCUUCGAGUCGCGUCCACAACAUCUGUUAGCCACGAACGAAGGCCUCCGCCACACGCCGACGGCGUUCCACCUCCGCAGUCCGCAAAGCAGGACUUGCAUUUUCUUAUAUCAAUUGGUGGAAACUAUUUGUUUUUGGUUAGAGUUGGAUAGGAACAGAGCAUAAAACAACUAUAGUACCCCGUCUCUCUUGGAAGUAGUAGAACUGUUGUUGGCUUUCUCGUGAUCAAUGGUGCCGAUGAAGUCUCUCUCACUUCAUUCUCAUGCCUUGUCAAGUUUUUCCGUAAGUGAAAUUGGAACAAACCCAAGAUGGGCGCCCUUCAAGUCCUCAAAUUUUCUCUGUUGUUCCUCCAAGCCUCAAAGUUUAAGCAGAUUUGUGUGUCUGAGUAGUCAAAACGGUGGCUUUAGAGAAAACUCUGGUGAAGUUGGUCGUGGAGAUGCAGUGAUAAUUGUGGAUCAUGGUUCGCGUCGUAAAGAGUCCAAUCUCUUGCUUAAUGACUUUGUGGAGAUGUUUAAGCAUAAAACUGGGUAUGAGAUUGUGGAGCCUGCUCAUAUGGAAUUAGCAGAACCAUCAAUAAGUGAUGCUUUUCAAUCUUGUGUUAAACAAGGUGCAAACCGUGUUAUUAUCAGUCCCUUUUUUCUCUCUCCUGGAAGGCAUUGGAAUCAGGAUAUUCCUUCCUUAAGUGCAGAGGCAGCGAAGGAGCACCCAGGUGUGUCGUACAUUGUAACUGCACCCCUUGGGUUACAUGAGCUACUUGUGAAUGUUGUGAAUGAUAGGAUCAAGCAUUGCUUAAAGCAUGUAGCUGGAGAUGCAGAAGAGUGUUCAGUUUGUGCUGGGACUGGAAAAUGCAGGCUCUAUUAAUGUGUGAAGUUAGGUUGUUUUGAAUGCUGUUCCUACAAGGUAGAUGAGGCUGAAAGUUAAAGGAAUCUGUAAAUUGAGUUGCAACUGUUCUGAAGUUGUGAUUUCAGAUUGUAUAUUAUGGACUCUUGUUGAUCAAAUUUUGCUGUCACCAGUGGCACAUGAAAUUGAUCGUUCAACCAGAUUCUUCUCGUUUGUGAGCAAAUGUAUUCUUAUUCACUAUGCCAUGCUUCCCAAAUGUGGUUAAGUUGAAUUUGUUUAACAAAAUAAUUUGCAAUGACAAAUUAUCGUUUAUGCAGAUCAUGUUGUAACGAUAUGUUAUAUUUAAUAUUUAUUCUGAUGCACUUAAACUUGGUCUCUUCAUUGGUCCAUCAUGACUUUGAGGAGUUUUUUUUCUUCCUCCAAGUUGUAUCAGUAUUUAACAUUAAUGUAAAGGUUUCUCUUACCCA